GCAUACAUGGACUUGGAUAAUUCUGAGACACUGAACAACCUAAACAAGAGGGAGAUAUAAUAAGAAGCUUACCUUUCAGGUAUACUCACCAAGAGUGAAGCAACGCACUGAAGAGACCCAGUUAGAUUUCUUCGUCAAUAUAUUGACACUUGGAAGUGCAAUAAGGUUCGAGUUUCUUUGAUUGCUAUGUUUUCAUUCAACUGUUCUUCACACCCGCAUCCGCUUAGGUCGCAAUAUAAUUGUGAUUUAGAAGUGCUAGAGUACACGUCGUCGCCGGCUUCGGAUUGUGGAAGUGGCAGCGGAGUUCCUUCGUUGUUUCUGUCCGACGAGGAGGUGUUGCUGGCUGCAACUCAUCCGAAGAAACGAGCGGGGAGGAAGAAGUUCCGGGAGACUCGCCACCCGGUGUACCGGGGUGUCAGGAGGAGGAACUCCGGCAAGUGGGUGUGUGAAGUGCGCGAGCCCAAUAAGAAAACAAGAAUUUGGCUGGGGACCUUCCCCACUGCGGACAUGGCCGCGAGGGCCCACGACGUGGCAGCAAUAGCUCUGAGGGGCCGGUCAGCUUGUCUUAACUUUGCAGACUCUGCUUGGCGGUUGCCACUGCCGGCGUCGAAUGAGGCCAAGGAUAUUCAGAAGGCGGCGGCAAAAGCUGCGGAGGCAUUCCGUCCAGGGGUGGAAUCGGAGAGCGACAAAUUGAGGCAUGAAAAUGCAGAGGCUGCGACCACGACGGCGGCGGCAGUGGCGGAGGAGCAGAGUAUAUUCUUAAUGGAUGAAGGAGUGCAGGGGAUGCCGGAAUUGCUGAGGAACAUGGCGGACUCUGUGCUGAUGUCGCCUACUCAUAGCCUUGGCGAUCAGUACGAUGGUGCUGACGUGGAAGUGGAUGAUGCUGAAGUGUCAUUAUGGAGUUAUUCAAUUUAAUUAUAGCAUAACUACUUAAUGCCACGAGGGACGUGUGUGUGGUGUAGAUAAAGCGGAUUGUACUAGGGGAAAAAAAAAAAAAAAAAGCGGAUUGCACUCUGCUUUUUGGAACUGACGAGUCACUACUGACUAGUCAGUAGUCACUGGAUGUAGAACUAGAAGUCGGUUUUGUUAAUGAUUUUUCAAGGUUUUGGUUGGGAAGUAUCCGUACUUUAAAUUUUGUCCUGUACGGAUGCUAAAUCCAGUAGAAAGGGAAAAUUCCUUUCAAUUCUCUGCGAAAGGUUCCUUACAGACUACUGAGACUAGAUCUUGGGCUUUGUGUGUAGUAUGAAAUUCAAAAUUAGAUUUCUAAUGACUACAAGAACAAUACACAGUUCAUAAA